AUGCGCCGGCCACGCCGCACCGCGCCGCUCCUCACACUGAUGCUGCUGCUGCUGCCGCUGCUGUGCGCAGCCGCCGGGUGCCUCGGAGACGCUCCCGCCGGAGUUGCGCGGGGGGAAGAGGCAUCGCAGGAGCCACGGCGGGAGGAGGGCACAAGUAACACACCAAAAGACCCAAACGGUGAUGAUCAUCAGCUAAGUGCUGGCAGCGCACUGCCGGGCAGUGGCGUGGGGCCGGCGAAGGCAGGCAUUGUUACGACACCGCAAAGCUCAGCCCGCAGAGGGAACGAUGAGCAGACGCCUGCAGUGCUGCCGGCAAAUGCAGAAUCAGAGGGAACCAGUCGAGGUGUGGACGCAGGCAGCCUUUCACCGAAGGUAAGGCGGUGUUGA